AUGCAUAGCAACAAUUUCGGUCAGAAUGUUGCGGGUCUUGUUAAUAUGAUGAAUAGUUCUGAAAAUAAACUAAUGAAUGGUGUGUUAGAAGUAGUACUUUACUGGGCAGUUUUUUCUAGCCAAGGGAAGAGCAAUCUGAUCGACGCUGACGAUAUUCCGUUUGAUACUGAUGAUGAUAUUCCAGUGGACGAAUCGACCAAUGAGUCAGGUGACGAUGAAUUUGAAUUUGACGCCGAAGAAGUUUAUGAAGAAAAUGAAGAUGAAGAAAUUUGGAGUCGUCGUGAUUCAGAUGAAGAACUGUUUUAUCAGCAAAAAGAUGAAGAUGAAUCGAUUGCGGACGACGCCUUUUGUCAUUUAGAAGUUCGACAGGACGAUAACUAUUAUGACAAUGAGGAAGACGAAGAGAAUGAAGUCGAAGAUGAUACUUUUUCCGGCCGAUUAAGCCAGAAACCACCAGAAUCACUAGUUCCACUGUUUGGUAAAGAAACUGUCAAUGGCCGUGGUUUCUGUCAAAUCAAUCGUUCGUUUGAUGGUAUCGAUUUGGAAGGAUCAAUUGUCAAAAUUGACCCUAAGCGAAGUUUAGAAGAAGCUCCAACGAAUCGUUUUGGAACCAAAUCAUUUUUUAAGCAAUUACGAGAACAAUCCGAACAGCAAAUAGAACCAAAACCAAGAGAAAAAACACAUUUUGAAUUAGGAGAAGAAUUUGACUAUGAAUGUCGGUAUGGUGCCCUCCAAUCUCAGCAUCAGCCAUUUUUACAGCCUGCUGAACCAAAACCGUCCAUUGAUUUCUCAUUUCAAAUUGAUAAUGCUCAAUUAUCUAUCAUCACUGAUAAUUCUCAAAUUAGUUUUAAACGUGUAUGUGCCCUAUUUGAUAAACAUUCAAUUACAUAUGAUCCACAAGCAGUUAUUCACGAUGUCUGGUUUUUCGGAUUACAAUCGCACACAUUUGCAUUCUCUGAACAGUCAACACAAUCACUUAAUUCACAAAUAAUCAAAAUUGAACAAAAUCUUCUCAAUCAAAAAACAACAUUUUGGAUAUCGUAUCGAAAGAGACCAAUGUUUCAAGAUAAACAUUUUAAUUUAGAUGAAGAACAUUUACUUGAACAACAAUUAAUGCAUACUCGACGAAACAAAUGUAUUUGUUCAUUGGAAUUUAAAGCUGGUAUCGAAAUGGAAGUAUGCCGAGGUGCUUUAGUAUCGAUGAAUACUUUUAAUGCGUAUGAUAAAAUUAUUAAAUCAACAAGAUGGUGGCUGCGAUUUUAUGAUGAUAAACUUAUUAUGGAUGUUGAAAAUGACGAUCGUAAAAUAAUUAAAUAUCAAUUUAUUGACAAAUGUGCUAUAUUUACAACAUUAUCAGAGUCAUGUGGAUUUAUUUGUUACAUUUGUAUGAAAGGCAAUUGGAUUACUCAAAAGAGAAUUAUCUGCGAACCAGACAAAAAUCCGAAUGGCUCAAAGUCAUCAUAUUAUGCUCAACGUACUGCUAAUUUAAAACCCGAUAAAACGUUCUCAACUAUUCGUCUAAAAGUUCAAUUAUCCUCUUGGUCACCAGCAAAAGUUUAUUCAAGACAGAAUUGUCGUCGAAAUGGUCAUAGUGUACCAGAUGAGCCACGAAAACAGCAACAUGUUGAUAUUAGUCGUAUUAAAGAGGCUUAUAAACAGUUAUUAGAUUAUUUUUAUCGUCAUAAAAUAACGGUGUGUUAUGGUUCGGUGAACUAUUCAACUGGUGCGGAUUUAAACACAUAUUCGUGGUAUAAACAAUUAAAUUUUCAAACAUUUAUUCAAAACUAUUGUUGGUCAAUGUUAUUGUCUAUUGGUUAUCGAUUUGAACAACGAAUUGUCAAAGAAUUCUUAGAUGAAUUUAAAAAAAUAACGAAUGAUGAUCAAUUUUAUCAAAUAUCGAUUCAUAUGUGGCGUCGUGCUAAAGAAUAUCAUUUUAUUAAUUUACAAGAAGAAUUUGUAAAAUAUAAACAACGUUUAAUUGAUAUGGAACCAAAACGUGAUGGUGUAUCGUUAAAGAUGAUGAGUUGUUUAGAAAAUCCACCAAAAAAUUAUGCCUAUGUUCCAAGUGUGCUUCUUACACCAUCAACAGUUUGUAUUCGACCAUUUAAAUUAUGUAAAACAAAUCGUGUAUUGAGAGAACAAAAAUUUGGUGGUCCUAUGAAUUUUGCUUUAAUUGAAGUCAAAGAAGAAGAUGAAUCAACAUUAUUUGCUACAGAUUAUAGAGCAUUAAGAUGGAAAUUGAAAAAAUAUUUGGAUGGAAUUUCUAUAACACCACAACGUCUAUACAAAUGGCUCCAUCAUUCUCAAAGUCAAUUAAAAGAGAAACAAUUUUGGUUUUAUUUUCAUGAUCCACAACAAAAAAAUUUAGGAUUCAAAGAUGCUUAUGCUUGGAUGGGAAAUUUUGAAUCGGAAAGAGUCGUAGCCAAACAUUCAGCAAGAAUAGCACAAUGUUUAACAAGUACAGAUGCAACAAUAGCAAUUCCAGCUGAAAAAGUUCAGUAUAUUAGCGAUAUUGAACGCAAUGGUUAUACAUUUACAGAUGGUGUCGGUAUAAUUUCAACCGAAUUGAGAGAUGAUAUUGGAUAUUCAAUUGGUUUUCGACAUCAGUUUAGUGUUAUGCAAAUUAGAUAUGGAGGAUGUAAAGGUACAAUUGCCAUUAAUCCUGAAUUAAAUGGUCAUGAUAAACAACUUGUUUUACGUGAUUCGAUGUUAAAAUUCACAACCGAUCAUAAUGUUUUAGAAUUAUGUAAAGUAUCGUCGGCAAGACCAUUAUCUUUAAAUCGUCAGGGCAUUGUGUUAUUAUCAAAUCGUGAAAUUCAUGAUUCAGUUUUUAUAAUACUUCAAAAUGAACAUCAUUUAUGGCUUAUUAACUCGUUGCUUCAUCAUGCAGAUACAUUUGAUGUAUUAAAUGAUAAAAUUCGACAAUUAAAUUUUCCAUUUAGAGAAUUAAUUCUUGAGGGUAAAAUUGAUGUGAUUCAUGAACCUUUUUUUCGUCAGUUGCUUACAACCGUAUGUAAAAAUGAUAUUCAACAAUUAAAAAAAAAAUCUCGAUCAAAAAUUGGCAAGAACAAAGCUCGAAAUAUGAUUGGUAUCGUUGAUGAAUCAAGCAUUUUACAAUAUGGUGAAGUGUUUGUUCAAUACACGAUUAUGAAAACAGAUUCUCUUUUCGAUGAACCAUCAAGAACGUUUAACUCAAAUACACGUGUACUCGAAGGUCCAGUUGUUGUAACAAAAAAUCCUUGUCAUCAUCCAGGUGAUGUGCGAACAUUUACAGCUGUCAAUUUGCCACAAUUAAGACAUCUCAAAGAUGUAAUUGUUUUUCCACAAAAUGGACCACGCCCCCAUCCAAAUGAAAUCAGUGGCAGUGACCUUGAUGGUGAUGAGUAUGCUGUUUAUUGGCAUGAAGAUUUGAUUCCUACAACGGAAAAUUACAAACCGUAUGAUUAUGAUCAACAAGAAAAACCAAAAAAAUUAGAUCGUCCAGUAACACGUGAAGAUAUAAGAAAUAUUGUUCUCGAUAUUAGUGAACAUGACAUGUUAGGACGUUUAUCAAAUUUACAUUUGGCCUAUGUGGAUGCAUUUGGAGUGACAGAUCCAAGAUCUAUAGAAAUUGCCGGUGCUAUUGCACAAGAAGUAGAUGCGGGUAAAACCGGCAGACAUCCGUAUACGGAUGAGCAAAUAAGAAAACUAAAUAUUGAAUUAUGUGGCAAACGUCCAGAUUAUGUUGAGAAUCGGGGUGGUUUUGAAACAUAUACGUCCAAACAUGUACUCGGUAUAUUGUAUCGUGCUGUUCUUCGUUCUGCUCCAGGAUGGGCAAAAAUUAAUCGUUCUCUUACUUAUACCACUCCAGCUACUCCAAAUGCACAUGGCAUCGUUUCCACACAUAUUACAGCUCACAUACAAAUCGAUCCUCUCUUCGUUCAUGAGAAACAUCAUUUAUAUAAAAAAUCAGCUGAAGAGUUAUUCAAAGUUUAUCGAGAAUCCAUACUCGAUAUUAUGUUUGUCUAUCAUUUUUCAUCAGAAGUCGAUUUAAUUUGUCGUUUUGACUCCCAACAACAAAUAUUACUAAAACAAUUCGAUAUUGUUGAUACAGCACAAGUUGAAUUAAAACGGUUGAUGGAGAAAAUACGAAAUUUGUUUUAUGAAGAAUUUGAUAAUCGACAUGGAAAUCGACAUAAAACUUGUGAUUGUUCAUCAUGUACAUAUGAAAAAAUGGCCAAAGCUUCAGCGUGUUAUGUCGUCUGUUAUCAACAAUCAUAUUUAAAAAAAAUUUUAAGUUUCCCAUGGUUAUUCGCUCGAUUAUUGAUCAAAAUUAGACAAAACAAGAUGGAAGAUCUCAAAUCGUCAACAUCAUUGUCUCAACAACAUUCUCUCGAACUUCAACAUUAUACAAUCGUUGGUUUAGCAAUGAAAAAUGCUUUGCAAUCACUGGUCAAUAGCAAACAAUUGAGUUUUCUCGUUACAUUUCAACGAAUAAAUGGCAACGAUGUUGAAGAUGCUCUCGUUCAAUUAGCUAGAACAACGACAUCAAAGAAGUUUGUUCAACAACGUUUAAAAUUAAUUGAAUUAUGUUUUCUGGAAGUUAUUAAUAACUGGCUCUAUAGACAACAAAUAUUUGGCGAACAACGAUCAUUGCCAACCGAUAAAAAACAAGUUAUUCUAGAGAAAACAUGGCAACAUGUUCUAACAAAAUUUGUAUUUUAUCAACAACCAGAUGACGGUGAAAGCUCACUGUGUUCAUCCCUUAUUGUUCAACAAAAACAUAAAGAUAAUUCAAAUGAUGGUUCUACGAUACCAAAUUUUGUCUAUUACAAGAAAGUUUACAACCUUUUAAAUGUUAAAUGGGAUGAUGACAAUGAGUACAAACAAAUGUGUUUGAUGUUUAAACAAGUAUUGAAAAUAUCAUCACAAUGUGCUAAAGCACAUACCGAUUCAGCUGAAAAGAUGGAUUUUGCGUAUUUGCAUGAAUAUUUUGUUUUGGCUUUACAACAAAUAGCAGCUAAUAAUGAAUUGGUGGACAUUGAGUGGUCUUCGUGUUAA